UAUCUGCCGUGGGGAAUAUUUCCAAUCACGGGCACUUUGGCAAAAGUUUUUCUGUUUUUUUGGCGGUUGGGUGGCGGUUGUGGCUACUUCACACAACACAAAACAAAAACUGAAGGAGAGCUAGGAGCCGCAGCUCUAGAGAGAUCAUAGAAUUUUUGAGUUUUCUAUUUGCUUUGCCUUUUUUCAUUCGUUCAUUAAAUCCCGCAGUCUGCAUUCUCUUUUCAAGAACAAAUCUUUGCCUGGAAAAUAUCAUUUCGAGUGCUUCAGUGUUCUCCCAGGAAUGUCGAGGUUGUCUUUCGUCUGCUGCUACCUAACCUCUUUCCAUUAAAUUUGUGAAUGAAAAUAUUCAGGGAUGAGUAAAUAUGAGGAGCAAAAACACAAUCUCAGCCUUAAACUUAAGGAUAUAUGCAGACCCUACCCACCCUUGGAACUAAAACCCCCUAAAACAUCCCAGCCAAUAACAGCAUUUGAAUCUCAUCGUGAAAAGACAAAUGUGGAGGAAGCGAAGAAAGCUUCUUUGGCUGUGGUAGAAGAAUGGGAUGAUGUUGCCACAAUCACUCCAAAGCUCAAUGAACCAGCGGACUAUUCUGCCAAAACGUGUACAUCUUUAGUUACUUUCCAAGAAGCAUACGAACAUUUUAAGAAGUCGGAUCUGACUCAGCAUAUGAAAAAUAUUCAACCGCUCAUGGAAAAGCAUGGUUUGUCAGCAGUCUUCAGCAUGUUUUUCGGUCCUCCUAAAUUAAGACCAAAUCUUGAAGCAGAACGAGACACUGUUUUUGCAAUUGCCCAAUGUCAGCUGGAAUGGGACACACCAAUGCAUGUUCAAAUCCUACAAACCAUUUAUAAGAAACUAACGGGGUCUAAGUUUGACUGUCCUUCAAAUGGAAAUCAUUGGCAAGAUGUUGGCUUUCAGGGCACUGAUCCUGGAACCGAUGUAAGAGGAGUUGGUAUGUUGGGUAUUCUACAGUUCCUUCACCUAGUUGUAUCACCUUCCCUUGAACCUCUUGCAAGAGACAUAUACCGCAUUGCUAGAUCUGAAAGACAAAACUUCCCUUUGGCAGUCAUGAGUAUCAACCUUACAAAGAUUGCUUUGGAUUCAAUGCGUCGAGGACAGCUUAACAGGGAGUGCAAUAACCGAGGGAAUGUUAUUGACGUUCUAAAUGAAUUCUAUGCUGCAGUAUUUUGCCAUAUAUUUCUGAUUUGGAGUCAUCAGCAAAAAACAAUUGUUGAUGCAGGCUAUAUUUUAAAGGAUGCAGAGCGUUUCUGUGGCCACAAUGUUGGCAAGGCUCUGCGUAAUCUCCAUCUCCACUUGGCCUCCUAUGCUAAUGGAUCAAAUGGCAAGAGCGCAUUUGAACCAGCUUCAAAAAAAGCCAAGCGUUGCACAGAUGAGGCUGGUUCUGAGCUGGCAAGAGGCUUUCAUAAUGUGGCUUCUUGAGAGGUACUGCUUGCCAUUCAUUUAAGAGUAUUCAAAAACAAGCACUUCAAUUAUAAGGGAAAUAUAGUCAUUAAUGAUGCAGUGGCAUCCUAAAGAGAGAAGAGAAAAAAAGGACACUUUUGUAUCAAGUCUCAUUGUAACUUUCUUCACAAUGCACCAUGAGUUUUCCCCUCAAUGCGGAUAUCUUCCAGUUGUGUAUCUUUUACCUCCUUCUGGAAACCUUUUACCUUAGGUCUAGUCUUUUGUUUUACUUGUUGUCAAUUUUUGAAGUUAAUUUUAUUUGUAAUUGAGAGAAUGUGAAUCUAGUCUUCAGUAGCAACAUGAAUUUGUUACCUUGCAAUAGGGAAGUGAUAUUUUUCUAGCAACUCUGUAGGAUUUGAAAUCAAAUAGUAUUAUUUCCUAACAACUGAUUGCUGUAGCUCUCUAGUCCAAAGUUCAAACCACAGUUUGGACUGAACAAUAAAUUCUUAAUCCUAAUGUUGAUUAAAAACUCAAAGUUGCCUUAUAUUUACUUCAUCAGGAUUAUGAUGUUACCUGUUCUUUAUGAUUUAUACUUAAAUUUGGCCAAAACUUCAAUGCCUCAAGAAAUGUUAAUUAUAAAGUUUAUGUAUUGAUUUUGUUAGCAUAGAGUUGUAAAUAAUUGGUACAUCACUUAAUUGUUUUUACACUGUUGAUUUUUUUUUGUAAAUAGGUGCUUUGUAUGUUUAUACAAAAGAAUUGCAAAUGUUUAGCUUGAAGACAUGUUGCCAUUUUAUGUGAUUUGAUUGGACUGAGUAUGGGACACUGUCUCACAAGUGCACUGGUUUUGUCGCUGCUCAAAAUGUAAUUUUAUGUCACACUGAUUUGGCUUUGCACCACCUCAAAAUGAUUACCUAGCAGGCUUGUACCUAUGUAACAAGAUGGUACUGCCUAUAUUUAAAAUGAUAAAAUGCCAAAACAUCUUUUAUUUUACACUAUUCAUCUCAAUGUUUAGUGGCAAUGUGAUAUUUUGAUUUAUCAUUAUUUUAAAGGCUUUCUUUGUUCUUUUGAUUAUUUUUUUCUUUUGAUAGCAUCUUUUCUUAGAUGUAUUGUAAAAUUCUGAACUUUUGGCUGUAGUGAGCAAUUUGAUGACAUACACUGAAACUGACAGCCUUUAUCAUCCCGGUUGUGAUUGACAAAAGGCUUAUUCUAGUUGUGAGUAAAGUUAACUGUGGGAAAAAUGCCUAACUGUGAUAUCUUUAUUUUCUGGGUGGAUACGUACCAGAUUUAAUUACUUGUGGAUGAUCUCAGGUCUGUCAAUUAGAAUUAGCACUACACUGCAUGAUUAAGUGUGACAUAGAGUUGUGUCUGGAACCUAUUAGAUGUGUAGACUUAUGACAACUAAUGGGAACCAGGGACCAACACUCCGUCUCUUAUGUGAAAUUUCAAAUCUGAUUGGAGUCUGUCCUUAACUGUAUUUAAUUUAUUUUUAAAAACUCAGAAAGUAUUGAUUCUACCCCAGUGUGAGUUGUCUGUCACAGUUAGUGACACAAUGGGUAAAAUGUAAAAACCCAACUACAUGUCUUCUUAUUCUAAUUGUUCAAUUAAUCAGAACAUUUUAAUGAGCUUUCUUGUUUUGUAUAUUGUUUCGCGUUUGCUGAGAAAUUUACUACCAAUUUUAAUUUGUAAUCUUUUUAUUUGUGUUUUGUUAUUUUAAAAUGUUAUUGCAAGUUCCCAAAGAUCUUUGUUUGUUAUUAAUUUUGGUUGUUUUAAAAUGAAAGUUUAAUACACAUGUGACACCAAGA